UCGCUGUAUUAAUCAGUAUUAGAUUAGUUAACCCUGAUCGUUGACGUCACAUGGAGCUGGAAUGCCAUUGAAGUAGCAAUGCUUGCCAUUGUGACCCGUACUGUUUGCUCAGGUGAUAUCUCGAUGUUUUGCCGAAUAUCCGGCCAUAAAAGCCGGGGCAAGGUCAUAACCACAACAGUUCACAGCGAUAUGCUUUGGCGCUGGGAGUAUCUUAUUUUGGGCAUGCUGGUCUUGGCCGAGCUCACCCAGUUGGGUGAAGCGGUGACAGCCAAUCAGCAAAGGAGAAACAGGAGACUGAGAAGCGCCAACGGAACCAAGAGGUUGGCGGGCAGAAAAAACCAAACCGGAAACAGAAGCAAUCGACGCCAAACCACAGCGAGAAAACUCUCCGCCAAGAGGGUCAACCAGAACAAGAAGGCCGCCACAUCGUCCAAGAUUCAGUCCAGGAUUGUGGGUGGCACCAGCACCACUGUUUCUACCACACCCUACAUUGUCCAGUUGCGUCGAGGAUCGAAUUUGUGUGGGGGUUCCCUCAUCUCCGAGCAAUGGGUUCUAACUGCCGCCCAUUGCGUCAAGGGAUACAGUGCUUCCGAUUUCACGGUUCGCGGAGGAACCACUACUUUGGAUGGCAGUGAUGGCGUCACUCGCUCCGUCAGUUCAAUUCAUGUGGCACCGAAGUUCACAUCGAAGAAAAUGAACAUGGAUGCCGCUUUGCUCAAGCUGAACCAAUCCCUGACGGGCACCAAUAUCGGAACCAUAUCAAUGGCUAACUAUCGACCCAAGGCCGGUUCAAGGGUUCGCAUUGCAGGAUGGGGUGUAACCAAGGAAGGUGGCACAACGGCAUCCAAGACGCUGCAGACCGCACAGAUAAGGGUGGUCAGGCAGCAAAAGUGUCGAAAGGACUACCGCGGUCAGGCUACCAUCACCAAGUACAUGCUUUGUGCCCGCGCUGCUGGCAAGGAUUCCUGCAGCGGAGACUCCGGUGGCCCAGUGACCAGGAACAACACACUCUUAGGCAUCGUAUCCUUUGGCUACGGGUGCGCCAGAGCCGGCUACCCAGGCGUAUACACAGCCGUGGUUUCGAUCCGCCAGUGGGCCACCAAUAUCAUGGCCAACAAUUGA